AUGCAAGUAGGCUGGAUUGCGCUGAUUAUGCUGCUCCCUGUCAAGGCAUGGCUGCACUACUGGUUUCCCCGACUGUGGCCGCCGUCGGACCAGAAUGAUGUGCGCCGUCCAGCUGAUCUCGAGUCAGGUCGUGUGGUCAGAACAGAGGCUUCUGGGGGAAGCGUUCAUGCCGCACUUGCCUCCUCAGACCAGCGCGCUGCGCAGCUCGACUCCCUAACGAUCGUCAAGACGUGGUUGUGUCUUUCAGGAAGACGUGCCAGGUCGAUUGCGACAUAG